UUCAUCCAACUGAAAUCACCGCAUUGUGACUGAGCACGCGAUCUAUUAGUUCUUCAAUUAACAAUUGAUUAGUUAGGGCAGUGAGGUGGACUCAUGUCACGCCAGUGGUAACACAAGAAAGCGUCAUCUUUUCAAAAUUCAGAUUAAUUCGCGUUGUAAUUGGAUGUAGCUGGAUAGUAGUGUAGAUACAAUGGAUUUGUCCGAAAAGCAACACAACAGCCUACCUAGUCCAAUGGCUGAGGCAUCGUUCUUGUCUCGUCUCACUUUCUGGUGGCUUAAUGGACUUUUCAGUAAAGGAUACGAUAGGCGCUUGGAGCCAUAUGACUUGUAUCAAGUACUCAAGGAAGACUCUGCAGAAACAUUGGUUGCAGAUUUGGAGAGUGAGUGGUCCAAAGAAGUUGCAGCUGCAGCAUUUUCAGCCAGAAAACCAAGUUUGGGUAAAGCUGUAGCAAGGUUUGCUUUUGUUGAGCUGAUCUAUGUUGGUGUGUUUGGCUUCCUUAAUGAAAGCAUCAGGACUGUUCAGCCUAUCUUGCUGUUUUAUCUUGUGUCAUAUUUCAUUCCCAACUCAAGUAUCACAAAGUUAGAAGCUUAUUUCUAUGCCAUGGCUGUUACAGUUGCCUCCACACUGUCUGUCAUUCUUCAUCAACUGGACUUUUUUAAUGGUCACAGAGCUGGAAUGCAUUUAAGAAUAGCAACAACUGGAUGUGUUUUUAGAAAGUCUUUAAGACUGGGUCAAGGAGUCAUGACUGGUCAUGUAGUCAAUCUUGUGUCCACUGAUACACAGAGCUUUGAUCAGUUUGUCAGCUAUUUGCACUUUCUCUGGAUUACUCCUGUUCAAAUGGUUGCCACAAUGUACUUGCUAUGGAUUCAAUUGGGAGUUUCUUGCUUUGUUCCUCUGGCAAUUAUGCUUCUCCUAAUUCUUUAUCAGUCACAUCUGGGUAGAGUGUUUGCAAUUUUAAGACUUAAAACAGCAAGGCUGAGUGAUGAAAGAUGCAAUAGAAUGAAUGAAAUUAUAUCUGGAGUAAGGGUUGUAAAGAUUUCCACUUGGGAAUUGUCAUUCAGCAAACUAAUCAAAAACUUAAGAAGAUUUGAAAUAUCAAAGAUUAGGAAGGCUAUGUUUCUGCGCGCCCUCAACAUGGCUGUGGAUUUUGCCUCACAGAAUAUCAUCAGUUGUAUAACUUUUGCUGGUUAUGUGCUACUGGGAAAUACAUUGACUGCUGCCAAAGUGUUCAGCUCCAUUGCUUUUUUAAAUGCCCUCCAGAGGUCAGUGACUAGACAUUUUCCUCCAGCAGUUCAGAAGCUGAAUGAGGCAAAAAUAACAGUGAAGAGAAUCCAGGAAUUCUUGGAGCUGGAUGAAUUAAGCUUUGAAAAAAUACAACAAAAGUCAAAUAGGUCAGGAAAAUCUGGUGUGACUGUCCACAAUGUGACAUGCAGUUGGAGUCAGGAAAGGAUUGAUAGAUCUACUCUACAGGACAUCAGCUUUAAAGUAGGCAUGGGAGACCUUUGCAUGGUUGUUGGACCAGUUGGUUCUGGAAAGUCUUCAUUGUUAAUGAUGUUGCUGGGUGAGCUAUGCAUCACUGAUGGCAGCCUGCAGAUCAAAGGGAGAAUUGGUUAUGUCCCACAGCAAGCAUGGAUUUUCUCUGGAUCAGUGAGACAGAAUAUUGUAUUUGGACAGACAUUUGAGGCAGACAGAUAUGAUAAUGUUAUCAAAGUGUGUUGUUUAGAAAAGGAUAUCGAUUUACUUCCUGAGGGAGACUUGACCCUUAUUGGAGAAAAAGGCGUGACGCUCAGUGGUGGACAAAAGGCACGAGUUUGUCUGGCAAGGGCAGUAUAUUUUAAAGCAGAUAUCUAUAUUCUAGAUGACCCACUCAGUGCUGUAGAUGUCCGUGUGGGAAGGAAACUUUUUGAUGAGUGCAUCGAUGGACUUCUGAGACAGUGUCCAAGAGUCCUCGUCACCCAUCAACUUCAGUACCUUCGCAAUGCGACCGAAAUUUUAUAUCUUGAAAAAGGAAAAAUUCAUAGUCGUGGAAGUUACACGGACCUUGUCAAUGCGGGUAUAGAUCUGGUUUCCUUGCUGAGGGUCCGUAAUGAUGAUAAUGACGACGAUAACGAUGACAAAGAUAGUGCUAUUGACGAGGAUUCAGAGCCAGUACAACCCUAUCCAGUCCACGAUGUUAUUUUCAGAAGAGGGGGUGGGGCUAAAGGUAUGAAUGCUUUCAACCGAUGGAGUACUGCAUCGUCAAUUGAUAUAGAAGCAGACUUCGAGGCCAUGGCUAGCAAGGCAAAAGAGAAACCGCAGGUUGAUACUGAAGAGCGACCAAGAGGAAGUAUUGCGUGGAGUUUGUAUGUGAGAUACUUCCGAGCAGGGGGAAAUGACCUGGUGUUGCUUCUGCUGGUGGUACUCUGUGUAUGUGCUCAGGGUGUGUUCACAUUAAGUGACUGGUGGCUAUCACAGUGGUCGAAUUCUCAAGGUCAAGACUUGUUCGUAUUCAAAUUUGUUCAAGCAGUUAUGCGUUACCCCAUGGAUGGAGAAGCGAGCAAACACAACACUCACAUGAUCAUUUACGGAGGUCUGGUGACUACAACUCUCGUUCUGUCGUUCCUCCGGGUUCUGCUGUUCUUUCAUGCAACUGUGACGGCGUCUGUCAAGCUUCACAAUAAUAUGUUUGAUGCUGUUAUUCGAGCACCGGUUUUCUUCUUUGACACGAAUCCAACAGGUCGGAUCCUCAACCGGUUCUCCAGUGACACUGCAUACAUGGAUACCCUUAUCCCGGAGACAUUUUUGGACUUUCUCCAGCUUGGUCUGCUGGUUGUAGCGGUUGUGAGUAUGAAUGUGAUAACAAUGCCCUUCAUCUUGGUGGGAGUGGUUCCUCUUAUACUUGUAUUCUGUUGUCUGAGAAACUAUUACUUGAAGACCACCAGAGAAAUAAAACGCCUUGAAGGCACAGCCCGGAGCCCAGUGUUAUCUCACUUGGUAACAACAUUAGACGGCCUGACCUCCAUCCGGAGUCACAGUCUGCAGGAUGUUAUGAUUCACGAGUUCAACAUUUGUCAGGAUCGUCACACUGAAACAUGGUUUCUUUUUAUUGCCACUUCAAGAUGGUUGGCAUACCGUUUGGAUUUCCUGUGUAUGUUAUUUGUGUUUAUGGCAUCAUUUACACCGCUUUUCAUUGCUGAAAGAGGAGAAAUCGACGCAGGCUUGGUGGGGCUUUGCUUGACCUAUGCUGUUUUGUUGCCUGGCCAUUUUCAGUGGUGUGUCAGGCAAAGUGCUGAGGUAGAAAAUCAGAUGACGUCGGUGGAGAGGAUAAUGGAGUUAUGUUGUCUAGAAUCCGAGGGAAACUGGCACGGCAAAGUAACUGUUCCUGCUACUUGGCCUGAGCUUGGUCUUAUAACUGCUGAGAGUGUGUCGUUCAAGUAUCACCCUACUCUCCCACGGGUUUUAAAGAACGUGAACUUUUGCAUUAGAGCACAGGAGAAGGUUGGUAUUGUUGGUCGAACUGGUGCUGGUAAAUCUUCAUUGUUAGCAGCUCUUUUGAGGCUCGCUGAUUCUAGUGGAACGAUAAGGAUCGACGGCAUUGACAUUUCAGAGCUCGGUCUCCACGAGUUGAGGUCCAGAUUGUCAGUUAUUCCACAGGACCCGGUCCUUUUCAGUGGAACACUCAGGAAAAAUUUGGACCCAUUUGAUGAAUACUCUGAGAUGGAAUUAUGGCGCGCACUGCAGGAGGUUCAACUGAGUGACAUGAUAUGCAGCUUGACUGGCGGCUUGGACGGUUUGUUAACCGAGUCAGGAUCUAACUUAAGCGUUGGCCAGCGUCAGUUGAUAUGUCUAGCACGUGCUAUUCUCAGAGGCAACAAGAUCCUUAUCAUGGAUGAAGCCACUGCUAACGUCGAUCAAAGGACUGACUCCUUUAUUCAAGAAACGAUAAAGAGGAGGUUCCAGACUUGCACUGUACUUACAAUCGCCCACCGACUGAAAACUAUUAUGGACUGCGAUCGUGUUAUGGUCCUGGACAAUGGUCGGCUAAAGGAAUUUGACGAGCCUCACUUGCUUCUGCAAAACAGAUGGGGUCAUUUUUAUCGUCUUGUGCAGCAUACGGGAUCCCUAACAUCUAUUCAGUUGGCACUGGCUGCCAGACAAGCCUUUCUCCUGCGACAUCAGCCACAGGCUUCCUAUGCAGUUCCAGAUGCCUCGAGAAGCUAUCUGUCUUCAUACAUCCCCAUAUCUGGCUUCACUGAUUUGCAACUUGAAUCCUGUGUUUAAAUCUAUUUAUUUUUCUCUAAAAACUUAAUUGAGAACAUAUGCAGUUUCAGUACUUUUGUGAAGUAAAAUAUUUAUGAUUUUCCUGGUCAGGAGAAACUUAAUGUCGCUAUGAGGUACAUUUCUCAGAAGAGCAUGUAUAGUGUACGAUACGAUGGUUAGUUAAUGGUUCGAGUUUUUUCAGUCAACACCUUAGCUGAGGUCGACCUAGAUUUAGCACUCAAGAUACUCAUACAGUGCGAAUGGGUUUUAUAAGUUACUAUAUUGAAAUUUGGAGAGUACAUAUUUGUUUAUUUUAAUAUAUGAUAUUUUUAAUACUUUGUCGCGGCAGCUGUCAACCUCAAUUACAAAGAAUGAACUGACGACUGUCCCACGUUCUCUUAUGAGCCAUUCCUGUACAGAAUGACCUUGGCGAGUUUAGUUAUUACGUCAUAAGUGGCUGGUGUUCUUAAGAUAAAUUAAUUUGAAGUUAAUGUAAAUUACAAGAUAUUAUGAUAACAGAGUGACAUUUAAUUUACCAAAGAGGCUCGUCAACCUUUUAAGCGACGUACUACUUGUUUUUUAAGACGAAACUGCGAAAUAAAAAUUUGGCGCCGUUA